UUAGCAAACAACCUUGAUACGGAGAAGAAGCCAUUAUGGCUCACACUGCCUGAUAGCUUUGAGUCGGCAAACCUAUUUUUUUCUUUAAAGUGCACCGUUCAGAUCAGUUUAAUGAGACCGAAUAAAUAUGUGAGCCACUUUUAAUUGAAGUGUGUUCUUUUGCAGGCCAAUUAACGCUAGUUCACGGUCAGUACUACGCCUGACACCGUUAAGCUAACGUUAGCUGAAGUUGCUAAGAGCCGCAUAUCUACUGCUCUAAGGUAGGUAAUGUCACCCUCUUAACGUGCAGUGACUUUGGUUUUGACGUGUGACUGUUGGUCAAGAUGAAUCGUCCAAAGCCUACAACUCUCAGGCGCCCCAGUGCUGCAAAACCAUCAGGUCAUCCUCCACCAGGAGAUUUCAUUGCUCUCGGAUCAAAGAGCCAGGGUGGAGAGCCCAAAGCCCCUGCUGUCCUCCUGAAGCCAGCAUCCACUGGUUUACCUGCUGACCGUAAGAGAGAGACUUCCUCCACUCUGCCCUCCUCAUCAGGUCUGUCCAGCCUCGCCAAGCGGCCCAAACUAUCCACCACCCCUCCAGUCAGUGCUCUGGGACGACUCGCUGAUGUCGCAGCUGUGGACAAGAGAGCAAUAUCACCCUCUAUUAAGGAGCCAUCAGUGAUACCCAUUGAAGUGUCACCUGCAGUGCUGCUGGAUGAGAUUGAAGCUGCAGAGUCUGAAGGAAAUGAUGAUCGCAUUGAGGGGCUGCUGUGUGGGGCAGUGAAACAACUCAAGAUGAACCGAGCCAAGCCUGACAUAACACUGUACCUCAGUCUCAUGUUCCUGGCCAAAAUCAAGCCCAACGUUUUUGCUACUGAAGGAAUUAUUGAGGCCUUGUGCAGCCUCCUGCGUCGUGAUGCUUCAAUCAACUUUAAAGCAAAGGGGAACAGCCUUGUGUCUGUUCUUGCUUGCAAUCUGCUGAUGGCAGCCUAUGAGGAGGACGAGAACUGGCCAGAGAUCUUUGUUAAAGUGUACAUUGAGGACUCUCUGGGGGAAAGGAUCUGGGUUGACAGUUCUCACUGUAAGAAUUUUGUUGACAAUAUCCAGACUGCUUUUGGGACAAAGAUGCCGCCUAAGAGUAUGCUGCUGCAGGCUGAUACUACCCGCUCUGGUGGAGAUCUCAGUGCAGGUAGCAGCCCUCAUCCCUCAACCCCCGACGAGGACGACAGCCAGACUGAAUUGCUGAUAGCAGAGGAGAAACUAAGCCCUGAGGAUGAUGGGCAGAUUAUGCCAAGACCAUUCUGUCUUUUGUCUCACCCUCUGGCUUACUGCAGGUAUGAAGAACUGGCAGAUAGCGUGGAGGACUACGUUCUCGACGUCCUCAGGGAUCAGCUGAACCGCAGGCAGCCGAUGGACAACGUCUCCAGAAACCUGCUGCGUCUGCUCACAGCCACGUGUGGUUACAAAGAGGCACGGCUCAUGGCUGUGCAACGGCUGGAGAUGUGGCUCCAGAACCCAAAGCUGACUCGUCCAGCUCAAGACCUCCUCAUGUCUUUAUGUAUGAAUUGCAACAGCCAUGGAGCAGAUGACAUGGAAGUGGUCUCCAACCUGAUCAAAAUCCGACUCAAACCGAAAGUCCUCCUCAACCACUACAUGCUGUGUGUCAGGGAGCUGCUCAACGCACACAGAGACAACCUGGCCACUAUGGUGAAGCUGGUGAUCUUCAAUGAGCUGUCCAAUGCCAGGAAUCCCAACAACAUGCAGGUCCUCCACACAGUGCUGCAGCACAGCCCAGAGCAGGCUCCAAAGUUCUUGGCGAUGGUGUUCCAGGACCUGUUAACCAAUAAGGAUGACUACCUCCGUGCCUCCCGAGCCUUGCUGAGAGAAAUCAUCAAACAGACCAAGCAUGAGAUCAACUUCCAGUCCUUCUGCUUUGGUUUAAUGCAGGAGAGAAAGGAGGCCACCUAUGUGGACAUGGAAUUCAAAGAGCGUUUUGUUAUCCAGGUGACGGAUUUACUGACUGUCUCCAUGAUGUUGGGCAUCACCGCUCAGGUCAAAGAAGCUGGCAUUGCAUGGGACAAAGGAGAGAAGAAGAAUCUGGAGAUCCUCAGGUCAUUUCAGAGUCAGAUAGCUGCCAUCCAGAGAGACGCUGUGUGGUGGCUUCACACUGUGGUACCUACCAUCAGCAAAGUUGGCGCAAAAGACUACGUUCACUGCCUUCACAAAGUGCUUUUCACAGAGCAGCCAGAGACAUAUUACAAGUGGGACAACUGGCCUCCAGAGAGUGACAGAAACUUUUUCCUUCGCCUCUGCUCUGAGGUGCCUUUGCUGGAAGACACACUGAUGCGCAUUCUGGUGAUCGGGCUGUCACGAGAUUUGCCCCUGGGCCCAGCUGAUGCUAUGGAGCUCGCAGAUCACCUGGUUAAGAGGGCUGCGGGAGUUUCUGAUGAUCUGGAGGUCCUGAAAGUGGAGAGGAUUCAGCUCAUCGAUGCAGUGCUGAAUCUGUGUACAUACCACCACCCAGAGAACAUUCAGCUGCCUGCAGGGUACCAACCGCCAAAUUUGGCAAUAUCCACACUGUAUUGGAAGGCAUGGCUGCUGCUGCUUGUGGUGGCAGCAUUUAAUCCUCAGAAAAUAGGUUUGGCUGCCUGGGAUGGCUAUCCUACACUGAAAAUGCUCAUGGAGAUGGUUAUGACAAAUAACUAUACCUACCCUCCAUGCACCGUUGCGGACGAGGACACAAAGACGGAGAUGAUCAACAGGGAGCUGCAGAUCUCCCAGAGAGAGAAACAAGAGAUCCUGGCCUUUGAGAGCCACUUGGCAGCAGCCUCCACCAAGCAGACCAUCACGGAGAGCAACAGCUUGCUGUUGUCUCAGCUUACCAGUCUGGAUCCACAGGGUCCUCCUCGUCGACCUCCCCCUCAAGUCCAGGAGCAGGUAAAAACCCUCAACCAGUCUCUGCGUCUGGGACAUCUUCUCUGCCGCAGCCGCAACCCAGACUUUCUCCUCAACAUCAUCCAGAGACAGGCUUCCUCUCAGUCAAUGCCAUGGUUGGCAGAUUUGGUCCAGUCCAGUGAGGGGUCCUUGGAUGUGCUUCCAGUGCAGUGCCUGUGUGAAUUCCUUUUACAUGAUGCUGCGGAUGACAGUCUGCCAAUAGAGGAUGAUGAAGAGGGAGAGAGCAAAGAGCAGAAAGCCAAGAAGAGACAAAGACAACAAAAGCAAAGGCAGCUACUUGGACGGCUCCAGGAUCUUUUGUUAGGUCCUAAGGCUGACGAACAGACAACAUGUGAAGUGCUGGACUACUUCCUGCGCCGUCUCAGCUCUUCCCAGGUGGCAUCGAGAGUGCUUGCCAUGAAGGGUUUGGCAUUGGUGCUGAGUGAAGGGGGCUUAAAAGAUGGAGAGGAGCGGGACCAGCCUAUGGAAGAAGACUCAGCAGAUGCUGAGCUCUUGCCAGGGUACCAGUGGCUGCUACAAGACCUCCCAAAGCUCCCCUUGUUUGACAGCGUCCGAGGCAUGACUUCCACUGCUCUGCAGCAGGCAAUUCACAUGGAGACAGACCCACAGACGAUCAGUGCCUAUCUAAUCUACCUGUCCCAGCAUGCACCAGUGGAGGAGCAGGCUUCUCAUAAUGACCUGGCUCUGGUAAUCACGGACGUUGCCCGGCUAAUCGUCGAGCGUUCCACCAUCAUGAACAGCCUGUUUUCCAAACAUUCCUGCAGGCCUGAGUCAAAUGCUGUGCUCAGUGCAUUCCUCACCAUCUUCUCCACAUACAUCAGGAGGAUGAGGAAGACCAAAGAGGGAGAGGAUCUUUACAGCUGGUCCGAAUCUCAGGACCAGGUGUUUCUACGUUGGACCACAGGAGAGACUGCGACAAUGCACAUUCUCGUCGUCCAUGCAAUGGUUAUCCUGCUGACUCUGGGGCCACCCAAAGGAGAGAGUGAUUUCUACGCUCUUUUGGACAUUUGGUUUCCCGACAAGAAACCUCUUCCCACUGCCUUCCUGGUGGACACCUCAGAAGAGGCCCUUCUGCUGCCUGAUUGGUUGAAACUGAGGAUGAUCAGAUCAGAGGUCUCUAGAUUGGUUGACGCAGCUUUGCAAGACCUGGAGCCUCAGCAGCUGCUGCUGUUUGUACAGUCCUUUGGCAUUCCAGUAUCCAGCAUGAGUAAACUGCUGCAGUACUUGGACCAGGCUGUCUCCCAUGAUCCACAGACGCUGGAACAGAACAUCAUGGACAAGCACUACAUGGCCCACCUGGUUGAAGUGCAGCAUGAGCGAGGUGCCACUGGGGGGCACACUUUCCAUGCAUUACUGAGCUCCUCUCUUCCUCCAGACAGAGAUUCUGCUGAAACAAGUAAGGCCAAAGUUACUGUAGAAACGCCCCACAGCUCUGUGAAGAUGAGAGCAGCCAGUCAGCUUCCUGCAGUCGGGCCUGACGACGAUCUCACUGGCAUGUUGCUUCAGAUAUUCCCCUUAAACGUGGACCCUCGCUGGCAUGGCCCCCCUCCCAGCACGCUCUCUCUGGCCUUGCAACAGGCCCUGGCUAAAGAGCUGAUGCGGGCCAAGCAGGGCCACAUUCAGCAGGGUGGGUUGGCUUUUCGGCUCCUACAGGCUAUUGCAGCCCUGCUCACCUCUGCUCAUGCAGCACCUAUUGUUAUGUCAAUGCACCGCAGCCAUGCCCUCUCCUGCCCUCUCAUGCGCCAACUUCACCUUUACCAGCGUCUUGUGUCCAAGGACAUUGCGUUCUCCUCACUAUUCCUUAAGGUCGUUGUCGAGAUGUUAAUAUGGCUAGACAACCCAACUGUGGAGGCAGGACCACUAAAGACUCUGCUCAAAUCCUUCGCUGGUCAGACCUCUCACAAACACAGGCACAAUGAUGUGCGUACAGGUUUCCUCCACCUGGCUGAGGCUUUGGCUUAUCACAGAGAUACUGAUGUACUCCUGAGAGCCAUCAUUGCAAUGCUGAGAGCUGGAGAGAGAUGCAAUGCAGAAGCAGAGCUCAUUGGAAAAGUGUUACAAGGGCUGAUGGAGGUGAGGUCACCGUAUUUGGAGGAGCUCCUGUCUCUGCUGAUGACUGUUGGUACACAGAACGGGACAGCUGGCCCUGUUGCCACGGUGAUUUCCUUGCUGCUUCAGGAAAGUGAGGAGCGAGCUGUGAAAAAGGAAGUGGAUUCUAACAACAGCUCUGAGGUGACAAAGUCAGGACUGAGCUCUGGGCUACUGGUUGAUUGGCUGGAGCAUCUUGACCCUGAGGUCACUUCAGUAUGUCCAGACCUUCAACAAAAACUGCUAUUCGCCCUCAACAAGGCACGUGGAACCCCCGCCUACAGGCCUUAUCUUUUGGCCUUGCUUACACAUCAGUCAAACUGGUCCACCCUCCUCCAGUGUAUCAGUGCUCUUCUCAGCAAGUGCAGAGACUACAAACUUGACCCAUCAUCAGCCCUGGAUUUCCUGUGGGCGUGCAGCCACAUCCCGCGUAUCUGGCAAGGACGUGAUCAGAAGAUCCCCCAAAAGAAAACAGAGAAGUUUGUGCUGCGACUCACCUCGGAGGAGCUCAUCAGCCUGGUCGACCUGAUCUUGUCAGAGUCGGAGCUCAACAGUCGCGACUCACCCCACGAUGACAAAAGCAGCUUGGACCAGGCCUCCUGCUCCCUCAUCCAGUCCAGGCUACCCCUCCUUCACUCCUACUGCAGUGGAGAUCUAGAAAAUAUCAAGAAAGUGUCAGAGUACCUCAUCAACUGCACAAAAAAAUGGGAGGACAGUGCAAUGAGUAAGCGGUGCCAGAACUUGCUGCUGCAGAUCUAUUUGCACUUCCCUGAAGUCAUCCAGCACAUUACCCUGCCUGAAGGCACCCUCAGCAGUGGGGGAGCUGCAUACGGCAGCAGCUGCAAGCUUGAUGUCUUGGUGCAUCGCCUGGUCACACUGCUUGCUGAUAUAGGAGACUCAAAGUCUGCUGAGAGCCGUGUGUCUGAUGCCAACCUUGCAUGUAGGAAGCUGGCUGUGUCACACCCUGUACUUUUGCUCAGACACCUGCCUAUGAUCGCAGGUCUCUUACACGGUCGCAUUCACCUAAACAUACAGGAGUUUAGGCAGCAAAACCACAUGACGUUCUUUAGCAACGCGCUCGCCAUCCUGGAGCUGCUGCAGCCGCUUGUUUUCCACAGCGACCACCAGAGGGCGCUUCAGGACUGCCUUCUGUCCUUUAUGAAGGUCCUUCAGAACUUCCAGAGGACACGCUAUCCGUUAGUCUUCAUCAACAAGUUUUUGCAGUUCACACAGAAGUACAUCGCUCACGAUGCAGCAGCUGCCAUUCCCUACUUACAGAAGCACUCUGACAUCUUGCAGGUGAUGUGUGCAGAAAACCCAGACCUGGUUCAACUGAAAUCUCUGCUGGCUGGACUCACUUUGCCAGUGAGAACUUCUUCUGCAGAGGUUGCGCCAGAAGAGAGAGAUGACGACUUGGCCACAGGUUCUCUGCCCCUUGUUAACAUAUCUGCCUCAGUUUCACUAAGUGCGGCAGACAUGACAAUGUACCUGAAAAAGAUGUCGAGAGGAGAGGCAGUUGAGGAUGUGUUGGAAGUGUUGACAGAGGUGGAUGAGAAGUCAAGGAGGAGCCCAGAGAUCAUCCAGUACUUCAUUAAUGAUCUGCAGAGACUCAUGGUUUCCUCUGAGGAGUUGUGUCGGAACAUGGCCUUCACUCUGGCGCUGCGCUGCAUCCAGAAUAAUCCCUGCCUGGCAACAGACUUCCUGCCAACUUUCAUGUACUGUAUGGGCAGUGGUAGCUUCGACGUGGUACAGACGGCUCUCAGGAAUCUUCCAGAAUAUGUGCUUCUCUGUCAAGAACACGCGGACAUCUUACUCCACAAGGCGUUUUUAGUCGGCAUCUAUGGACAAAUUGACACCAGUUCAAUGAUCUCAGAGUCUAUGAAGGUCCUUCACAUGGAGGCAACAACAUAACAACCAACAAGUGUACAACUCCACAUCCCCCCCGUUGAGAAUGGUGUCAUUUAUUUUCUGCAUUCCAGAGCUAAAUUUUUUUUUAUUGCCUUUAGUUCAAACAUUGCUGUAAUUGAUAAAGACACAUUAACGAACUCUGUGGCUCGUCAGAGGUACAGAUUAAGGAUCCUCCAGUGAGUUGCUAGCUACCAGUAAUAUAAUAACUUCUGGAUAAUUCAGUGAGUUCAAAUAAUGUAUUAAAAUUCCCUCUAAAUGAGUUGAAAAUGUAAUUAUUGAAACUGUAAAAAUCCUGUUAUUGUAAUAAUGCCACAAUUAGUGCAUUUAUUACUUCUUUAGGGAUGUAAGUCAUUUUGACUGAUGAUGUAAUGAUACAUUAACCAAUAAUGAAAAAAGAUAAGGAGAAUAUUAGGUGGUGUUAUUAUAGAAUCAGUUAACGACACUGAAUAUACGGAAUUGGAGUCAGAGUCAACAAAACCUAUUCAAUGAAUAUUGAAAUAAUAAAUAUUUUAGUUUUUUUUUUAAUGGUUUAAUUAAAUUUAAAUUAAAAUGACUGUUAUUGCAUUUCAAACAUUUAGAGGGAGUUUUUGCAGUUAUUAUAUUACUAACAGAUACAUUAUUACAAACUACAGAGUUUCAGCUUUUUAAUAGUUUGAAAACAAAAUAUCAACAUUAUUGUACUGUUGAAAAGCUGACAGUAAGCUUAAUUUGUAGUUUUUUAAAUGAACAUGUAAAAGACAAAAGCCCCCAUCCAGUGAUAUAUCAGUAUGGUAGCAAUUUUGCUAUAAUUUUACAUAAAAAAACAAACGAGUGUCCAAGUCUGACUUGAUACCAAAUGCUAUUGGAAUGUCUCACUGUAUUACUUAAGGGAUGUAAUUUAGUAACUUUACUGACUUUCAAAUUCAAAAAAGACAAAGAAGCCAAAAUGACCAAAUGUGGCAUUGUCUGAAUGCAAUUCUGAAUUCCUUAAAUAUUUGAAAAGAAAUGUUAAUUUUUUAUGUGACAAUGCCCUUGUGUUACUUGAACACCAUCUGUGAGGCACCAACUCAAUAAAGUAACAAUAAUAUUUGGAA